AAUUUAUUUUUUUUCUUUUUCAUUUUAGCACGAGGUUUCGAUUUUCCGCAUAAUGGUUUAUACGUCGAAUAUAAGUUCGAACUUCCAAGCCAAUUUACUCUUAUGGAAAAUGAAAAUGAAAUAAAAUCCACAAAUAUUUGCUAUUCAAAAGAAGUUAUUUCUGUAACAUAUUUCUCACAUAUUUUUUCUGCAUCAAUCAAAAAUACCGAAAAUCCAUUUGAUGCAAAAUUUUUCCUGCCUCGCCUUUUAUUUCGCGUUUGUGCCGAUGGUUAUUGGGGAAAGUUUUACGUCGACGGUUAUGCAGAAUUAUCGCUACCCACUUAUCCUGGGAGACACAAAUUCCUUGUCGAUUGUUGGAGGCCAAUUAAUUCAAAAGAUAGGCAAUCAAAACUUUUCGAUUAUUUCAUCGGCCAAGCCGUCGAUCUCAAAUCCAUUGACUGCUGUGGAAUAAACCAAACUAUCAACUCAGAGAAAUUGAGAAUGUCACGAAUCGGAAUCGAAACGGAAACUUCUGGCCAACUCGAAAUUAUCAUUGAUUGUGCAUUACAAGGAUACGAAUAUUUGUCGAAAGAAAUCCUCCAACAAAUAAAAUAUGGAAAAAUGAUGAACAGAAUCGGGAUUCAUUCAAAUAUCCACUGGCAUAUAUUGAGAGUGCUUUUGGAAUUUGAAGAAGCCAAAAAACUGAAAAUUUUCAUCAUUUAG